CUCAGGCCCUUUACCCCUCCCUUCCUCAGGUGAAGCUGUGUGACUUCGGCUUUGCGCGCAUCAUCGGUGAGAAGUCGUUCCGCCGCUCGGUGGUGGGCACGCCGGCCUACCUGGCGCCUGAGGUGCUGCUCAACCAGGGCUACAACCGCUCGCUGGACAUGUGGUCAGUAGGCGUGAUCAUGUAUGUCAGCCUCAGCGGCACGUUCCCAUUCAACGAGGACGAGGACAUCAACGACCAAAUCCAGAACGCUGCCUUCAUGUACCCGGCCAGCCCCUGGAGCCACAUCUCGGCAGGAGCCAUCGACCUCAUCAACAACCUGCUGCAGGUGAAGAUGCGCAAGCGCUACAGUGUGGACAAGUCUCUCAGCCACCCCUGGUUGCAGGAGUACCGGACGUGGCUGGACCUCCGGGAGCUGGAGGGGAAGAUGGGCGAACGGUACAUCACGCACGAGAGCGACGAUGCGCGCUGGGAGCAGUUUGUGGCCGAGCACCCGCUGCCCGGGCCCGGGCUCCCG